AUGCGGUGCUAUCCGGUACCGUCCGGUUUAAUUCGCCACCUGUUGCUGCUGGAAUUGAAGCGGCUCGGCGUGGUGUUGGGUUUGCCCGACGUCUGCCUUCCCGUUCCUCCUCCUCUAACUCCCCCGAUUCUUCUGCACGGCAUGCUUCCCUCUGGAAUCCAUUUUCUGGACCCCCUCCCCUCUCCGUCACACCUCCUCGUCUGCCGCCUCGUCCGCCCCGCGAUGCCAGUGUCGAUAGGCGACGAUUAUUCGUAUUCGCCACGGCCCUUUGUCGUGGCGUCUGCUGCAGCUGCCCUUCCGACCUUGUCGGCCCCAGCACCGGCGGCUGAGGGGAUGGUGCCUCCUCGCGCACCACGGUCCGCUCCGUCGUCCGUGACUCAAUCUGGCCCGGUCCCUGCGCCUGCUGUGGCGCCCGCUCCUGUCGUGACGUCGUUAACUGCGCCCGCUGUGGCGCCUGGUCCCCCACCUGCGUCGGCGCCUGCUCACGCGCACGCCUCGGCGUCAGCUCCUGCGUCUGCUCCCGCGCCCGCUGCGGCGUCUGAUACUGCGCAUCUUCCUGAGCCUGCCCUGGUGGUUCCCCUUGUCCCCGCGGAAGUGCCUCCAUCCGCGCCUGUUGUCGCGGCGUCGUCGCCGGCUGUUGGGGCAGCCCUCCUGCCGCCACUGGCUGCGCCCACCGUGGCACCUUCUGCUGCUGUGGCGGACCCGUCUUACCAGCCACCUCUAACCACCAACGCCGGCCCGAGCCUGGCGGAGGUGCAGUCGGCGCCUGUGGCGCCUCCGGUUGCUCCGACCGGGCAGCCUCGUCGCCCACAGUCACCUGGCCGCCGCCCGUCCCGACCUCAUUCGCCUCUCCUACAUGAUGAGAGGGAAUCGUCGCGGCGCCGACAAGAUUCUCCUCGGGGCCGCCGAUCCCAGGGGAACUGGACCGCGCGUCGCGGCGGUCGUGGUAGCUGGUGGGGGGGUCGCGGCUAUGGUCGUGGUGCUCCCCCAGAGGAGCCCCCGAUGACUCCGGCGGAAAUCCGACAGCUGGUAACGUCGGCGGUCCGUGAUGCUCAAGCUGACGUGGCGGGCCCGAAUCACCCGCAGCAUGCGGCGCCACGUCCUGGCGUUCCUUCUCUAGCCGCCGGUCCUGCCGCUCCUUCUCCUCGCGCUCCCGUGCCAUCUGUUGCUGUACGUGGGAACCGUCUGCGCCUGCCGUGGGUUCCACCUGUGGCAGGCGUGGAGUUCGUGUCUUUGGGGGGAGGACCGGUGACUCCGCAGUAUCCAACUCUACUGCCUGUGGCUCGUGCUCCUGCGUAUGCUGAUCUUCCGGUGCACCCACUUGUGGGGCCAUCUCCUUCGGCGGAUGUGCCAGAGGCGUCCCUGGGGCAGCUUUGGCGCCUCUCUGAGGGUUUGCGGGCUGUUCACUUGAUCCAGGUGUAUUGUCGCGCGGCACUUUCUCGCGGCGUGCCUCUGGAAGGCGGCCCUCUGGACGAGUGCUCGGAUGCCGCUGACCGGCUUGCCGAGCUCCUUGCGUCCGUGUUGGCUGCGCCCGCGCGGGGUGGAGUUGCGGGCGUUGGACAGCUUGGGACUACGCUCCGUGGACUGCGCCGGGCGAUGCGCGCAGCGACUGCAGUCGACCUGAUCGGCGCAACCACUGUGGUGGUGCGCGAGCUUCAUCGCUCGUUGACGGGCUUGCUUGCCGUCCUUGAUGCGGAUCAGAUGUAG